AUGACCAAGAUUUUACGUACACUUGCACACCAUUUCAUCGCCACAGAGGCUAAAGAAGGUGUGGGUGCCACCGUUAGAAGAUCCAUCGGUACCCACAAACAACGUAAUUUUAGUCCCUUUUUAUUAUUGGACCAUUUCACAGUAUCACCACCGGCUGGGUUCCCAGACCAUCCUCAUCAUGGACAGGAGACCAUUACAUACAUGUCACAAGGUAUGAUAGCUCAUGAGGAUUUCACUGGUGCUAAAGGGAUACUACGUCCUGGUGACAUGCAGUUUAUGACAGCUGGGAAAGGUGCUAUGCAUGCAGAGAUACCAGUUCUAAUGGCAGAUAAUUCACCAUGUGUUGGUCUGCAGUUAUGGGUGGAUUUGCCAGCUAAAUUAAAGAACGUUGAUCCAAGAUAUAGAGACCUAAGAAAUGAUGAUAUUCCUAUUGCUAGGCCAAAUGAUCAUCUAAGCGUAAAAGUUAUCAGCGGUAACUCAUAUGGUGUCGAAUCAGUGAAAGAACUAGCAUACACUCCUGUGGAAUAUUACGUAUUUAACUCAGAUAAGAAAGAUACGCAUUUUGAACAACAAGUACCUUCUAACUUCAAUGUAUUUCUAUACGUUAGCAAAGGUGCUGUUUCAAUCAAUGGACAGCAUUAUCCCCAAUAUUCUACAUUAUUCUUUAAUAUCGACGGUAAUACUAUCGAGGGAACCAUUGAUACUGAUGAAAAGACUGAAUUUUUCCUGAUUGGCGGUUUGAUCCUAGAACAACCAAUUGUCCAGCACGGUCCCUUCGUUGAAACUGACAGUGAAAAAUUACUUAAGGUUUUUGAAAACUACCAGACAGGUACUAAUGGGUUUGAAAGGGCUGUUGGUUGGAGAUCUUCCAUAAGAAAUGGAAUUACUGAAGCCGAAGUUGCCGAUCACCAUUAA